UUGUCAUUAUUGACAUCAGAUAGAUUGAAUUUGGAAAACAUUGAAAUUUUCAUAAUAAAAUAAUUCGUAUGUGCAGUUGACUCCUCUUUUUCUGUUGCUGAGUACAUUAUUCUUCAAUCAAAAGAUGACAUCUGCUGCACGCCCAACAUUUGAACCUGCUCGGGGUGGGCAAGGUCGAAAUGAGAAAGAUCUGAGUGCAAUUUCUAGACAAUACAGUAGUAGAGAUUUACCUGGACAUACUAAACUCAAAUAUCGAGAACAUGGUCAGGGUACAGCUGACGAAACAAGAUCAAGAGACUUCCGUAAAGAACUGGAGGAGAGGGAAGGCAAGACAGGAAAUAGAUCGAGAUUUGAUCAAAAUAAACGUCUGAAAUUAGAUCAAGUUCCUGCAGCUAGUUUGGAUGCCGAUGACCCAUUAGAAGAAAAUUCUGAAUCUGAAGAUAGUGAUGAUGAUACUGAAACCUUAUUGAAUGAAUUGAAUAGAAUUAAGAAAGAACGAGCAAUGGAAAUAGCAAAGAAGGAAAUUGAAAGACGACAAGAAGAAGAAAGAAUAAGAAUGGAAAAUAUCUUGAGUGGUAAUCCAUUACUGACUCACUACUCUGCUGGAAGUGCAAAGACUGAUCAAAAAGUGAAGAGGAGAUGGGAUGACGAUGUUGUGUUCAAAAAUUGUGCGAAAAGUGAACCUAAGAAAAAAACAAAUGUUUUCAUCAAUGACUCUUUGAGAUCAGAAUUCCACAAGAAAUUCAUGGAUAAGUAUGUGAAGUAAAUUUUGAAUUAAAUUGAAUUGUUUUUAUAUUUAUAAUCAAGGUAUGUGAAAAGUCAGACAAUUAGGUUCCAUUGUUAAUAUAAUUUUUUCCAAAAAUAUAUCAUAUUUUUAAGAGUUAAAUCUUAAAAUAAGUAAAAAUAAAGGAAAUAAUGUUCUAGUAA